AGAAGAUGAGGAGGAGAGGAUGAAGAAGAGAAGGUCAGAGGGUCAGAGGAUGAAGAGGAGGAGGUCAGAGGAGCAGAACAUGCAGAGGAGACGGUCAGAGGAUGAAGAUUAGAGGGUCAGAGGAGCAGAAGAAAAAAAUGAGAGGGUCAGAUGGAAGAGAGGAUGAAGAAGAGAUGGUCAGUGGAGCAGAAGAUGAAGAUCAGAGGGUCGGAGGAGCAGAGGUGAAGGUCAAAUAGAGCAGAGGAUGAACAGGAGAAGGUCAGAGGGUCAGAGGAUGAAGAAGGGAGGGUCAGAGGAGCGGAGGAGAAGGUCAGAGAAACAGAGGAUGAAGAGGAGAAGGUCAGAGGAUGAAGAAGAGAGGGUCAGAGGAGCAAAGAACCAGAGAAGAGGGUCAGAGGUGCAGAGGAGAAGGUCAGAGGAGCAGAGGAAAAGGUCAGAGGAGCAGAAGAUGAAGAGGAGAAGGUCAGAGGAGGAGAGGAUGAAGAAGAGAUGGUCAGAGGAGCAGAGGAUGAAGAGGAGAAGGUCAGAGGAUGAAGAAGAGAGGGUCAGCGGUGCAGAGGAUCAAGAGGAGAGGGUCAGAGGAGCAAAGAACCAGAGAAGAGGGUCAGAGGAGCAGAGGAAAAGGUCAGAGGAGCAGAAGAUGAAGAGGAGAAGGUCAGAGGAGGAGAGGAUGAAGAAGAGCGGAUCAGAGGAGGAGAAGAUGUAGAGAAGAGGGUCAGAGGAUGAAGAAGAUG